AUGUUUAGCAUGUUUAGAAUACGUGAUUACGCUAAUAUUCAAAAUACUGCUGCUGGAUCAAUGAGAAACAGUAAUCAAGCUGUUCGCAUCAAUUCAAAUCGUCGCAUAACAAGAUCUGCUACAGCAGUUCUUAGUAACCAGAUACUAGCUCGUACACGAGUUACUCAACCAGAGGGAUAUACCAAGAACAUUGAAAAAAAUACAACUUUAAUAUGUAUGAACUGUGAAGUUAAACUGAAAGAUAGGCUGUUUGCUUUAGAUUGUGGGCAUGUAAGUUGUGGAGAGUGUCAAAGUCAAUUCAAAACACACAAAAAAUCAUGUCCUGGUUGCGGGAAAAAAACAAAGCAAAUUUUACAAUUAUUUGCAUGA